AUGCCUUCUAACAAGAUUGUUUCCAAUGGCAACGGCGCCGCACAGGAAUACUCGUUUCCACCUGGAAUCCACGUCCCUUCCCUGACUUGGUUUAAGAACGAUCAGAAUCAGGACAUCGACUGGGAUGUCCAGGAGAAGCACUUCGAGUUCCUCAUCUCCAACGGCCUACACGGCAUUGUUAUUGCAGGCACAAACGGCGAAGCAGCAACACUAUCUUCUGCUGAAAAGAUUCAGUUAGUGCAGAAAGCACGCAAGACUGCUCAGAGAUUAGGGCGCGGCGACCUUCCCAUCACACUCGGCGGCGUAGCAGGCUCAACACGCGAUGCUAUUCAGCAGACAAUCGAGGCUAAGGAAGCAGGCGCAAGCGCGUUCCUUGCUCUCGUACCAUCAUACUUCCACUUCGCAAUGAACCAGGACGCAAUUGUUGCGUUCUUCCAGGAGCUGGCAGACGCAAGCCCCAUCCCCAUCGUGCUGUACAACUUCCCUGGUGUAGUGGCUGGUCUCGACAUCAACUCUGAGAUGCUAGAUAUCUUGGGCAGGCAUCGCAACAUCGUAGCCGUCAAGCUCACAUGCGGCGGUAUCGCGAAGGUCGCGAGAGUGUCUGCUUCUUUCAAGAAGUCUGAGUUCGUCGCACUGGCCGGGCAGAGUGACUGGUUGAUCCCAGCUCUGAGCGUUGGCGGCGUGGGCACAAUCACUGGCGUUGCCAACCUGUAUCCCAAGACUUGCGUACAAAUGUUCAACCUCUACCAGUCCGGCAAGCACGAGGAAGCAUCUGCGCUCCAGGUCAAGCUGUCAGUCACCGAGUGGGGCUUCGGAAAGGGCGGUAUCAACGGCACCAAGUAUGUGGUCGCACACAAGAGGGGAUACUCAGAGUCGAGCACCGACUGCAGAAGGCCAUACCCUAGGUACGUUGACGAGGAGAAGAGGAAGUGGGUCGUCAAUCAGGUCUCUGGCCUGGACGAGCUCGAGGCUUCUCUGUAG